CAACGCAUUUGCCGGGUGGCUCAGUCUGGACCUGGCCAAGGUGGGCGAGUGACGCCGAUCAUCGUAUUGUCGAGGGAGCAGCGAAAAAGGGGGCUCAUUCUCUGGCGCCGUCGCCAUUCGCUGCAACCCCACAAGUGCGACAAGGACACGGCCCGCCAGGUCACGGCGCCAGUGGAUCAAGAGCCGUCCGAGCAUUUGCAAGUCACCGGAGGCUUGAGUGGGACAAUCGCGGCGGGGGGUUCGGUU